CGCUCCCUGGACGUUGACCAUGCCACCCGACCGUUCUGAAUACCAGCCUCUGACGCAGAAUCCCGAUGACGAGGAAGCGGACGUCUCUGAGUCCUUACCGCAAUCGGUUACUGCACGAGGGUUACGCAGGGCGCAUCGACCAGUGCACAUUGACUUGAGGAAUCUGGACACUGCGUUCAAGAGAUGGACCGAAUCUAUAGCGCAGAAGGUGAAGCGGAAGAAGAAGGUCGAGGACAAUUCCAAGAAGGAGAUCUGGCACAGCGUGUUUGAGCCCCAAUACACUCCGUCGAUGGUGCACACCAGUCCAGUGAAGACCUUGGACCACAAGCCUCCUAUGACUGCUGCCGACUUCGAAAUAUACGUCCAAGCAGUGCGCGACGCCAUUGGCGAAGGCAUUCAUCCCAAGAUGAUUACCAAGGGGUCUUCUGGAUCGUACUAUGCCCGCGCGAAGGUCGACGGCCGCGUCCAGACUGUUGCUGUUUUCAAGCCGAAAGACGAGGAGCCCUACGGACGCCUAAACCCGAAGACUACCAAAUGGCUACAUAGGCAGUUCCGGUGGAUCAUACCCUUCGGUAGAGCUUGUCUCAUUCCCAAUCUAAGUUACAUCUCGGAAGCGGCUGCGUCACUACUUGACGAGCGCCUGGGUCUCAACAUUGUUCCGAGGACGCAGCUCGUGUCUUUAUCGAGUCAGGCAUUCUUCUAUGAUUGGCUAGACCGCACCGCGGCCAAGAAGGGGAAGCCACUACCUGAGAAGAUCGGCAGUAUGCAAUACUUCUUGCAUGGCUUCACAGAUGCUUCCGACUUCUUGCGAAAGCAUCCAUGGCCAGGUCGAGCCAUCUCCGACACGUUCGACGACGACAGCCACCGGAAGGGCAGUUUCUACAAGAAGUUCCUUGGUGCUCUCAAAGUCGUCUGUGGCAAGACCGGUGCGGAGGAGGACUACGAGGAUGACGACGUCGUCGAACGGAUGUACGAUAGGACGGAGAGUCGGUCAGGGGAGCCUUUCUAUUGGACGCCUGCGCUACAAGACAACUUCCGAGAAGAACUCGAGAAAUUGGUCAUCUUAGACUACCUGAUGCUGAACACUGACCGUGGCGCUGACAACUACAUGAUCAAGUUCUGCGAAGGCGAUCACUCGAAGUCGCUCGUAGACGUCGCGCCUUCACGGACAUCGCGGCCCGAGAUGCCCAUGAUGACUGAGCUUAGGCGGUCAGACACCAUAGGCAGCGGACACACUAUCAUCGGGGCUCCUACCUCGUCCGCAUACGCGCCGGCAUACUCAUCCAGUCUCCCGUAUACAACACAGCCGCACAUACACAUCGCCGCUAUCGACAACUCGUUGUCAUUCCCUCACGAACAUCCGAAGGGGUGGCGAUCGUAUACCUAUGGAUGGUUGUACCUUCCGGUGACAAUCAUUGGGCGACCGUUCAGUCAGAAGACGAGGGACCACUUCUUGCCUUUGCUGACAUCGAAGAUGUGGUGGGCGGAGACGACGUAUGAGCUGAGAAAGCUGUUUGCGGUAGAUCCGGACUUCCACCCCAAGAUGUUCAGGCGGCAAAUUGCGGUCAUUAAGGGACAGGCCUUCAACAUUGUACAGUCGUUGAAGCACGCAGAUGAGGGUCCUUUGGAGCUUACUCGUAGAACGAAAGUCCUGGUAUGGGACGACGAGAUCCCCAUGACCGAAGACAUGCUCCGAGACGCUGAAGUGGCGAAUAGCACGUCCUCCUAUUCUAACCAAGUUCCGCCCAUUUCCCCACACGCGUCCAUCGUCUCCAUGCCCCAACUACCAACACAGCAACGUCGAACACGCAGCCAGAGCAUUAACGGUUUCCCCCCGCCGAUACGGCGGUCGUCGACGGACAUGGUGGGCAUCUCGCGGCCCGUUUCGUUCUCGGCGAAGUUCCAGCGCGUGCAUCCUGCGACCACUGGGGUCACUGUGCUCGAGCACAUGGAGCGCUUGGAUGCCGUCGAGGCCGGGCUGAAGCGGCUGGGGGUUGAUGACGAUGACAUUGUGGACGACGAUGAGCGCGAGGUCGACGUCGGCGAGUCAUCGUCCGCUCCAUCCCAGCUGCACCGAGUUCCUUUGUCUGCACCACCGACUCGGUCCACCUUCGACUCGCCACCGGUUUCUCGCGAGUCAUCUGCGGAAGGUGGACUUAUGCUCUCUCCGUCGUCUCAGACGGAGCGGUUGCCUGUGGUGCCCGAGACGGAGGAUCGCGACAGUCUGCAGGAGGCUGGUGAGGCAGACUUGUCGAUGUCCUUUGCAGAAGAGGACUUGGUGGCCAUGUCCAAGAGCACGAGCCAGAUCGAGGCGCCACACUCGUCGCUGCAUACUCGAUUCACGAGCUAUCAGGGCGUCAUUGAAGAGGAGCCGAGUUUGGACUGGAUCCGUGAUCACUCAGUGGAGAGUCCGAAGACGAAGACAGUAAUCGUCGAGCGCCUGGAGACUGUCGAUGCCAAGCCGCUCUGCUCAUGCUGGUAAGCUACACUAGAGGGUGGGCCUGGGUAUCCUGGAGGAUCUCAGAUGAAUGUUAUACUUGCUGUUCUUAUCAAAUUCGCUGUCUGCAUGCUUUCGGCACGGACUACUAUUGUCAUCUAUUCUUGAUUCCGUCUAGCUCUUGUUCGUCCUUGUACAUUGGUUCACAGGAAGGAUUUUACUAUAGUCGCACAGCUGCUGCAAUGCACAUAUACACAUAGAUAUUAGACUACGUUCAUAGUCCAGUGCUGCCCCUCCAGGAUUAUGUCGAUAACAUAGCUGAAACGUCAUACAUCACUCCUCGCCCUCGGCCAUGAGCCAUUUUGCGAAGUCGUCGAGACGUGCUUUCUCGCCCUGUUCGCCCUCGCCGAAGUUAUCGCCGUAUCCGCUCCGUCUGAAGCGUUGUCGUCCGGCAUAGAGGGUGGCUUCUAUACGGCGACCAGCGAAGAAACGGCCGUUCAUUUUAAUCAUGCAAGCUUGGGCACUGAGUGGAUCCUUGAACUUGACUGUCAUGAUACCAUCGGGCUCCUCGUCGUAUAGGACAACAUUCGUGACUUCGCCAAGCGUGGAACACUCUUCUCGUACAUCCUCUUUGAGGUCGAGAAGCAACGACUUGUCCUCCUGAAGCUCUUUCAGCGUGAACAUAUGCUUUAGCACGACCACCCGCCCGUGCUUGUUCAUAGCAUUCAUCUUAUCUUCUUCCGUGAUUGCAGGACCGAAACCAUCCUCGUCGUCCCACUCGCCCAGUUUCUUCUGCAUCUUCCCAAUCCUCCUCGUCGCCCUCUUCUUGUCUUCCACCGUCCUCCGCGGCUUCGCCGGUCCUCCCUGCCCACUACCGCUCUCAUGCUUGUGCCCGAACUCCGCGCGUUUGACAUGCAUCCUCGUGCUCGGCUCGCCCACCCGCAGCUCUGCGUCGUCCAGCAUCGUGAUCGCGAGGUCGACGGACUCCUCCUUGAAGUACACGACGAGCGCGUCCCCCGAGAAGCUCCCGUCGUCGCGCGCGUACAGCUUCACCUUCGGGUACCCCGCAUCGUCCUCCUCGAUCAGUCCGAACUUCCCAAAACGCUCCACGAGCUCGUCCGCGGUCGUGUCGGAGGGCAGUCCAGUGAUGUAAACCGCGGUGUUCUUGGACUUGCGUUCCGGAGGCGCCGCAGAAGUGGACGCGCCGUUGUUGGAGUCGUUGGCGGCAGAGCCUUUCUUGCCGCGCUUGCUGCCUCCGGAGAUGAUGACGGGCCCGUCUGCGGGCUCUUUGCGCUUCUUGUUGAUGCGCUUGAGGACGGGCGCGGCGGGUGCCUCCUCGUCUACACCAACGACAGAGUAUGCGGCCUGUUGGGCCUUCACGAGCUCGUCAUCGAGCACUGGGACCCAUGCUCCUUUCGCCGCGUCGUACUCCAGCUCGGUCCCGUCAUCCUGCUCAAAACGCCACGUACCAGCCGUCUUGUCAUAGUGUACGCGUGGAUCGUCGGCGAAUGCGGCGGCCUGUGCCUCUGAUGAGGACCCACUCGCUAAGACUACCGGGGUGGCGCCGUCCUCCAAAGUCGACAUUAUGAUGAGUCAAGGCAAUUAUGCGGACUGCAGAUACGCAGUGGUGUCCAGAGCAAGCA